AUGUCAUUUUGUAUGCGACUUGCUCGCAAUAAACUUAUUCGUUUAGUAGGAGGUAUAGCUAUGAAAUGUUGGACAUUCUCUGGAACUUGUAUACUUGCCUGUUUCCUUCUAUAUUGGUUGUAUGGGGGAAUAUCUGCUUUCUUCCUACUUUGUUUUGCCACUACAUGUGUAUUGUACCAUGGAGAAGAUCAACUUGUGUAUUGUCCAGAUUGGCCAGCUAAUUCUCGGGUAUAUGUUCCUGCACCUUCAAUAUUUAAUUUACCUUAUCAAAGUAUUUAUAUUAGAUCAGGAGAUGGUACAAUGUUACACAUGUUCUUUAUUUCUCAACCAGAGGAUAGAGCAAAAAAGGUGCCUACUUUAUUAUUUCUUCAUGGCAAUGCUGGUAAUGUGGGACAUAGAUUAAAGAAUGCAGUUGGAUUGUAUCAUAAUAUCCCAUGUAACAUUUUAAUGCUGGAGUACAGAGGCUAUGGUUUAUCACAAGGUUCACCAUCUGAAGAAGGUUUACAUAUGGAUGCUCGUGCUGGAAUUGAUUAUCUAUCUAGUAGAACUGAUAUAAAUACAAAUGAAAUAAUUGUAUUUGGCAGAUCAUUAGGUGGAGCUGUAGCCAUUAAUUUAGCUACAAAACCAGAAAACUCUCAAAGAAUUUGGUGUCUUAUUCUUGAAAACACGUUUACUAGUAUUCCUGAUGUGGCUGCAUUAUGUUUUAGAUUAAAAUUUUUACAAUAUCUACCACUUUUUCUAUUUAAAAAUAAGUAUCUGUCCAUUCUCAAUAUACGAUCCGUAACGGUACCUACAUUGUUAAUCUCUGGUCUAGCGGACAAAAUAGUGCCUCCGCAUAUGAUGCAAGAACUGUACAAAAACUGCAAAAGUUCAUGUAAAAGAAUACUUUCAAUUUCUAAAGGUACUCAUAAUGAAACGUGGUGUCAACCCGGGUAUUAUAAAAAUAUAUGUAAUUUCCUGAACGAGCUGAGGGAAAAUCCUCCAGUGCAAGUGACGUCUAGUCACUGGCAAAUAGAUGACAUAUAA